AUGCAGCCCCCCGCGGAAGGGGGAUUCUGCCUAGACUCCCUUCGGUUGAAUUCCCCCCGGCCCCGCCAGAGGCCAGACCCCCAGCCAACUGGCAAACAUCUACCCCCGCCAAAUCGCCGGCCUCAAAGCCUCAGUGGCGCCCAGGGCCCAUCAUGUUGCCGGCGUGCCACCCCCCUGCCAACCGCCCCCUCUCGAAAGCGCCGGCUCCAAGCCCUCCUCUCCCCCCAGUGGUGCCCGCCGACACCCCCCCUUCCACGUGGUCAGCAUGCCAUUCCUUCGCUCCCAUGGCCGUUGAACCAACUGGCUAGCAUACUUGCCGCACAGAUACGGGCUCGAGGCCCGUCAUCCGGCUUCCCCCUCCAAGCGCCCGGCGCUGCCGGAUCAAUUGAUGGGGAGGUGUAA